AGGCAUUAUUAGAUUAGAUAGGUUUCUCUCAUCGAGCCGCAUCCUCUCUCUCAUCUCCGUGAAGACACAUUCAACCCUAGAAGGUCUUCAAUUCUCAUCGCCAGCCAUCUCCGUAGAACACCAUGGGCUCUGAAGACGAUACUAUCGGUUUUGAGUCAUUGAAGGAGACACUGGUGUUCUGGAACAUAGAUGACUACCCAAUCCCCUUAGAUGCUACCAAUAAUCUUGAUCCUAUUUUUGGUGAUAUCUCAAAAGCUCUUGAUGUAAUGGGCUUUCUUGGUGGGUUUAUGAGUGUGUGGCUGUAUUCUAAGCAAAUCAACUACGACAAAAGAGAGUUGUGCGAGGCCCAAGUAAUCAACGAAUACUUAACCCCCAACGGUACAUCUUAUUCAGUUUACAAAGUGCCGGCCAUGACUUUGUAUAUGAUUACUUUGGCUUCACAAACUGGUCCAGGACCGGUCAACUUUUUGGUUAUCGCAAAACCAGAAAGGGAGUUAGAUAGAGUUGUGCAGUGUCUCAAGUCUAGGCGACACAAUGUUCUUGUAGUUAAGAAGCCUGAAGAAUUUCGCUUUAGUGUUGACUCUCUAGUUGAGAAUGCCCGGCUUUUAGGUGGAGGAAAGCCUAGAUUCGAACCUUUAUAUACUCAUUAUGUGGAGGAGUAUGAUGUGUCGGAAGAAAGGUAUGUAAGGAUCAAAGAAGAUGUCUCCAAGAAGGUAGAUUUCUCUGAGCGUAUCCCAACCGUCAAAGGGUUUAGGACAGUCGUCUUCUGGGAUGCCGUGGAUUGCCCAUUCCCUCCUUCUUUCACCCCUGAUGAGAUCUACCGCUCUAUCAAGUCAGCUCUUGUGGCAAAGCAGUUUAGUAAAAAGAAUAUUGCAAUCUGGGCCUAUCUUGAUGAUGCUGAUGACAAGAUAGUGUCUUCGAGGGAUUCCUUACUGCGUGGUGACAAGACGUGGGCCUCCAGAAUCUACUUUCUUCCCGCAGGGGAUAAAGCCUCGAGACGUAUCAGAAUGUUAAAUGACAUUUAUCUAUGGGUAAGGGACUCUCAAAGGUUCACCAGUUCUUAUGAAGCAAGUUUGUUCGUGUUCGGAGAUCAGUUCAAAGAUGACGCCUACUACAUCCACAUGCUUCAAAAGUUGAAUGAACUGCGUUACGAUGUUUUCUUAGUCACUCCCACUCCGGACAUCAACAAUCCAGAAACUCCAGAAUGGCCGCGAUUGCUACUAAAUAAAGGAGCAUCCUGGUUGACUGAUGAUACUGGCGACGAACCCACCCCCCAAAUGCAUCAUCAUGAAGCCCAAGUUUUUGGUGAUCAAACCAGCGAAAGCUCUCAAGAUUCAGAGCCCGAAGAGAUGCAGACCGAGGACGAGGACAUGUCCCAUCGCCCACUAAGAUUGCUAAUAGAGGAAGGCCCUGCCUGGGAAAACGAUGCCGUCGAAGAAGAUUCACCUGACGACCUUCCCCUGUAUCGCUGGGAUCCUUUUACUCGCAUGUACAAACUUAAAAGCCUAUUCCCCAAAAAGAAGCAUCAACCCCAGGCGGCACCAGAAGAAGAACCAAGUUAAAGAUUGUGCCUUUUUGUAAUAACCAAGUUUUAGCGUUUGCGUUUUUGAUCUGCAUUCCGUGAUUCACUCAGGUUGUAGAUAGAUAGUGAUUCAUGAAUCAUGAUGAAUUGCAUAUAGAACAGAGGCUUGACCUAACAAAUCCAAAGUAAAUUUGACUCUGUAGCUGAUUCAAAUGAUUUGCAUUA